GGGCUGCGUGCAGCAGUAUCUAUUUGUCUCGUCAGGUAACGACGUUGACGUUGGCAUGUUAACUGGGCAGAGCUUCACAUAGCGAACGCUGAUUGGGCAAUUCGUGAGGAUUGACACUACCGCCUUUCAAUAAACCUCCGCGAAACUUCAGUACGCAGCGAUCAUCGGCGUAUCAGCCAAUUGUAGCUGCAACACUUGGAUAUCUUAUGCUGUGAGAACGAUGACUUUAACAUGUCUAGCAGUAAUCGAAGGCUGGACCUGACUUCUAAGGGCACUGCAAAAGAUGACAAUGAACUCAGGGUUGUCCUGCUAGGUCAGACUGGAUCUGGGAAGAGCUCGACUGGAAACACCAUCCUUGGACGGGACUACUUUAGAGCUGGGAUAACAAGGCAAUGCAGGAAGUGUCGGGUCCAGUGGGGUGACACAGAGAUAGCAGUGAUUGACACUCCAGGUCUGUUUGACAAUGAUCUGAGUGAAGAGGUUGUAAAGCAGGAGGUCAAAGCCUGCAUCUCUCUUUCCUCACCAGGACCUCAUGCCUUCCUUUUAGUGAUACCGUUAUGGCGAUAUGACAAAUGGGACAUGCAGGCUAUGGGUAGGAUCAUGAACUACUUUGAUGGUGAUGCCUAUAAACACACCAUUGUUCUUUUCACACAUCGAGAUGCCCUGAAGGGCCAGCCGAUUGAAGCAUUUGUGCAAGGAAGUGUGGAGGCCAUGAAACUUGUGGAAAAAUUUGGAAACCGCUACCAUGCAUUUAACAACCAGGACAUGGGUGACCGGGUGCAGGUCCAGGAGCUCCUCCAAAAAGUGAAGGACCUGGUCUCACUCAGUGGCGGUUAUUACACUUCUGAAUUGUACCAAAUGGCAGAACAAGCAAACCAGCAAAGGCAGACAGAGUUGCUUAUGGCCAAGCUGGAGUGGUUGCACUGUGAGCAUAGGAGUGAGGUUCAAAAGUUGAAGGAUAAGUGCACAAGUCUGGAGAAUAAUUGGCAGCAGCAGGAUGAGAUUGUGGAACGGGAAGUACUGGAGCGAGAUGUCCUGCAGCAGAGAUUGAUGUGUCUGGAGGAGCAAUUUCAGAGAGAGGAGCAGACGGCUAAAGAGGAGUACAAAAUGCAGGCCAGAGAGGAAGCGGAGAAGUGGAACAGCUUUACUGAGGAGGCAAUACUCGUUUCCAGCCUCAUCUUUCUAAAAAUCUUUUUAGGAGCAGUCAAAGGGGUAAAGGCUAUCCAAAACAAGGUGGGGGCAGGCAUUCGAUUGCUCUUUCGUUCAAGGGACACUGAGCCAGAGAAAGAAGAGCUUCUGAAUCAACCAAGCAGUCAAUGCGAGUCUCGGUGAGAUGUGUUCGAGGACUGACACAAUGGAGUUUGGCAUCCCCCUAACUUUAAAGUGCAUAAUGGUGGGAUUGGGAUAUAGCAAGCAAAAGGACUGUAAGUGCUGUGAGAAGACAACAUUGUCCAUUACAGUUGUCCACAAAAUUUAAAUAAAAUGUCGUAGUGUACUAUGUGCAAAUAAGGAAUGCAUUUGAGAAUGUGUAUAGUAUAUAUUGGGGCUGUGAAGAUAAAAUGGCUGUUUGUGGUAUUGUGACCUCUAGUGGGGCACUCAAAAACUAGUAAAUCCGACAAGACUAUUGUUCUCUUCUAAGGAUGGUAGGCCAGAUUUUUGUAUAUUGUAAGAGUCAAUGUUUGUACCUUUUGGCUUUGUCCUUCUCUCGAGCAGAAUUCCUGUGCAACAGCAAUUUCUUUGUCCUUGGUACUUGCCGCCUCAUUUUCUAACUGGAGGGACAUUUUGCUCUUUUUUGGUGUGGGUUGAGAUCUCUGGACUUCUGGUGGCCCUUCCGAGGUGUCUCUCAGGCUCUGGGAUUUCUGUCCUGUCCUGAAAGACAGAAAAAUAGUCACUGAGUGGGUGUUCUUUUCCCAUUGGUCUACCUUGAAGGAGAAAAUAGUGAAUAACCCAUGCAAUUGUAAUUUGAAAUAGAGAGAUGAUGACAAUACAGAAGUCUAGAAUGUCACUUUGCAUUUUUGUGCAUAUGUGCUUUGAUGGGAGUAUUAGGCAAGAUCUGGGAAUAGGACAUGAGCUUACUGGGCUCUUGGAGAAAUCUCUAAUGUGCUUUGGCACUGAAAAGAUAUCAAGAGCAACACAGAAGGGGAAAGGGGUUAGUGGGAAGGAGAUAAAAAAUGUUGGCCAUGGCUGGUACUGUCUGUAAUUUAUAUUAAUGAUAUUCAUGCUGACCCAGUAAGCAUUGACAACAAAAUAAAAGGAAUACCAAAUAAUGAUGAAGCCAAAGAAACAAUUGAAAAGUGCAGUGUAAUAUUGAUAUGGGCAACCUACUGCUAAAAAGGAGCUUAAUUAAAUAAACUGUUAUGUUAUAUCUUAAAACUGUAGAGAAACAAAUCAACAGAUGGUAUGCCCCGACUCUUUAAUGUGCAUCUGGACUCUCAUGUAGUUCUGACCACCAACAAUGCAAAAAAGACAUGGCAGCACUAGAGUAUAUGCAGACUGGAGUUACAAGAGAUGCCAUAGUUUGACCCACUCCUCUGGCCACUUCUCCACCUCUCGUGGUCCGUUAAUCAGAUUUGGCUGUGCCCACAUUCAUAACCGAGUUAUUAAAUCAUUUAAGACAAACCCUUCUAUGGGUAUUUUUGUUCAGGUGUUUUUGUUCAUGCUAUGGCAGGACUGUUACAGGCAGCGUCAGGACCAGCUCUAGCAUUUUUGCUGCCCUAGACGAAACUGUAAUUAGUGCCCUUGGUGCAUCCUGAGGUUUGGAUGACCAUCUGUAAAGGGCUUGUGUAGGUUAAAGGAUGUUAAGACCAAAGAUCACUGGUACAUUGUGUGAAAAUAAUAUAAAAGAAUAUAAUGAGGUUAGG